AUGGUUGGAGUUGGAGCUCAUGUGGUCGUUCUACCAUGUCCAGGGAUGGGUCACGUGAUACCUAUGUUGGAGCUCGCCAAGCGCCUAGUACUCCAUCACGCCUGUCACGUGACCUUUCUCCACAUCACUACCGAAGCUUCUGCCACCCAAUUUCGCCUUCUUCACUGCCCAAAUCUCCCUAAAGGUCUCCAAGUGGUGGAUCUCCCACCCGCCGAUCUCUCCGCCGUCAUCUCCGACGACACUCCGGUGCUCUCCCACCUCUGCAUCAACGUUCGAGAAAGCCUCCGCUGCCUGAAAUCCACUCUCAUGGAACUCGAGAAGCCCCAAUUCCUAAUCACCGGAGUAUUUUGCUCCCAAGCGUUUGAUAUCUGCAAGGAACUUUCCAUCCCCGCGUACAUCCUGUACACGACAUCCGCAACCUUUCUUGCCUUCUCUUUGUUGUUUCGAAAGCUUGACGGCGAUGUCUCCGGCAAGUUUCUCGACCUUCCCGGUUGCGCACCGCUCAGAACAGAGGACCUACCGCUACCGACCGACGGGGACGAGAAAUGGUUUUCCUAUCACCUUUGUCGGUUCCCAAUGGCUAGUGGGAUUUUCAUUAAUACUUAUGAGGAUCUCGAACCGGUUCAAAUACGUGCCAUCCGUGAGAAUCCCUUCUAUCAACAAAUACCAACGCCACCGGUUUAUCCAAUUGGACCGCUCGUCAAACAAACCGAACCGGUAACCAAAACUGGAGAAGAAUGUCUGGCUUGGCUUGACAAGCAACCUUCGGGGUCUGUUCUGUUUGUGGCACUCGGCAGCGGGGGAAAUUUGUGUGUGGAGCAGCUCACUGAGUUAGCGUGGGGUCUUGAACUAAGUCAGCAACGAUUCUUAUGGGUGGUGCGUACCCCAGCUAAUACGAGUGGAAUGAACACUUAUUUCAAGAUUGGUGCAGACAUGAACGACCCCAAAUCAUAUCUGCCAGAAGAUUUUACGGAGAGAACUAGAGACUUAGGUAUGGUGGUGCCAUCGUGGGCCCCGCAGGUGUUAGUGCUGCGGCACCACUCCACUGGCGCGUUUCUAUCUCAUUGCGGCUGGAACUCCGUGUUGGAAAGCGUGAGUCAUGGUGUGCCCAUGAUUACGUGGCCUCUUUACGGCGACCAGAGGGUGACUGCGACACUGCUGGCGGAGGAUAUGGGUGUGGGAAUCAAGCCGACAGUGGAGGCAGGGAGGAGGGUGAUUGGAAGGAAGGAGAUUGAGAGAGUGGUGAGGGCUGUGAUGGAAGGUGAAGAAGGGAAGGCCAUGAGAGACAGGGCCAAAGUCCUCAAAGAAACUGCUUCCAAAGCUUUGGAUAGUGGUGGAUCAAGUUUUCAAACACUUGCUGGCGUGGUUAACCACCGGAAGACCAUGGGUUAA